UACCUUUAAUACGUGAAUUGGGACUAUUUUGCCAUUCCUUAUCUUCCCUCACAUUUCUACCCGCCUCCUCGCGUGUCCUCUCCUUGUUCUCUUCCUACCCGUUUCGCUGCGUAUUAUUAUUCCCAAUCAAUCUUUAUAUGUGGGAGGUCGAUAUGAAGUUUUCAAUUUGCCUGAUGCAACCUUUGGCAAUCGGUUUAAUCGAGCACAUGAUUUUCUUUUAGUAUCGAUCGCAUUAUAUCGGUGUUGUGCCAAACUUCAUGCGUGACAAUUUAUUUUUAAUGAUUUACGUGCACGUGUGAUAUUGAUUGAUUCGCGGAGGAACGUUCUUAAAAAGUGAUUAUAUUGUAACAUAUUGUGCCUGUACUACGAGAGCCUGCCGUUCGAUGAGGUGGAUGUAGGGUACAUAUAUGUUGGCGUUUAAGUGAUGCAAGAAAUAAUGCUGGAUUUAUUUAAGGGUUUCCCGCGAUUGAAGGUUUCCUGGUGAGUGUAUCCUCACAUACAUGGAGUUUCAGCUGGACAGUGCAGAAUACUGCCAGGCUCAACACAAAUAGAGAGAUACGCCCGAUAUUCCUAGAAGCGAUUAGAUAUUCAUUAAAGUAAGAAUAACGGGUUGGAUAAACUGUCUUAAUAAGGCAAGGCAGAUAUUAGAAACAUCUAGAUCAUCACCAGCAAACCAGAAAUCAUCAGCUAGUCAUCACGCAAGACAUAGGACAAUUUAUUAGAAAUCAUUACUAAUUUACAUGCUCAUUUGCAUUGCAAUUACUGAGUGCACUUAAUACAGCAGCACGUAGUGCCAAAUAGAUAAUCUUCCGUAUAGUCAAACAUCCCAAGUGGGAAUCCAGAGCAUAUCAUCACCACCUAAUGUGACGUAGCUUUCCUUUGACGGCGAUUUUCGCACACAUUAAAUUCUUCGCAAGGUCUACAUGUGAGGUUUAGUUGUCCCGCGGUUUAGUUCUUCUCUGUAUAAAAAAAAAAUAUCAAGAAUCCAAUUAUUUAAACGGGAAACAACUUUAUAAGACUGAUAUCUAUGGGCUAAUUUUCCAAAAUCAGCCUGUGCUGCUUGAUUAGAGCUUGGUCAAAUAUACAGAAUCAUCGGCUAAAAAUAGAGAAAAUAUCGAGAGAUAACUGUGAACAGUUCAUAAGGAUUCAAUCAAGAAUUAAGAAGGAGGCAUAGUAAAGCACCCGUUACGACGAAAAGGAAAUGAGCAACAUGAGGGUUAAGGACAUUAGACCGGCCCCUGCCGAAAUCGAAUACAAAAAUAUGAAGUUCCUCAUCACUGAUCGUCCGAAUGAUCAGACCAUCCAUACAUUUAUUCAAGAACUCAAGAAGCACAACGUAAAGGAAGUUGUAAGGGUAUGCGAACCAACGUACAAAGUUGAAGAACUUAAGUCGGAAGGAAUCAAUGUCCUUGACCUGGUGUUUGAUGAUGGGACUUUUCCACCAAAUGAGGUGGUCGACGAAUGGUUCGAAUUGUUGAAAAAUCGCUUCAAGGAAACGCCGGACGCAUGCGUAGCCGUACAUUGCGUUGCUGGACUCGGUAGGGCACCUGUCCUUGUGGCUCUAGCUCUUAUUGAGCUCGGUCUUAAGUACGAGGAUGCUGUAGCUCUAAUUCGAGAAAAAAGGCGAGGAGCUAUAAAUGCGAAGCAGCUGGCCUAUUUGGAAAAAUAUCGUCCCAAAUCCCGAUUGAAAUUGAAGAAUGGGCAAAAAAAUUCGUGCUGCGUCCAGUAAACAACAACUGGUGUAUUCGGAGUCAUAUAAUUGAUAUACUUAUUGUAUACCUAAUUAUAUAGGUUAACAUGUCUAGUGACAAGUGACGUAUCGCUCCUAUUGGAUUCCGAAUGGCUUAUCAGUGGAAAUGCAACUAUUAUGUUGCUUGUUUAUUUGAAAAAGAUGAAUUUUAAGGUGACGAAUAAUAAACUAUUUUGGACUGACCUCAUAAUUUCCUACGUCCCUUAUUUCUUUCCCUUUUUUUAAAGACAAAACCGCAUGGAAUAUGUGGAAGUGUUUUAUGCAAUCGACGUAGUAGAGAAGCAUGUACGUACGCACAAAAGUCUGUAUAAAUAAUGUUGGAGUAGUCUCUUAACUCGUUGAGCUGGAAUUGGUAGGAGAAAUCAAGUUUCUAAUCUCUUACUUUAAGCUUCUUCUAGCACUUGUGGUUCCAAAAGAGCGCAUUCACAAAGACACAAGAAGUUUAUGUCAUAUACCUGUAAAAAAAUUCUAAAUAAUCAGUUUUUCGUCAGUUAAUCAGUGACAGUUUAUCAGGUUGAAAUUUAUAGAGUAAAUGAAAUCCUGAAUGUAUAAAAAAGUCAGUAAGUUUUGCAGAUAUCCAGCACCUAUGCUAUCAAUUCAGUACAUGUCCGAAACUUCAUUCUUUGUUUGUAGCAGCGAAUGCAUAAGAUGGGACCGCACAGUUCAUGCGGUUGUAUAUGUAUCUUAUUGUUAGGCAAACUUGUUUGCCCAAAUAUUUUUAUUUACUCAUUGUCAAGCCGUCACACUCAAUAGGACUAGAAAAUUGUUUGAACGUGUAACAAAUUGUAUCGGAAUAACUGUUUUUUAACAUUACAAGUAAUUGAAACAAUUUUUGAGGAAAUUGCGAUUAUUAUAUAUAUUGUAUUUCUUUUUAAGAAAGAUUUUAUUACCUAAGAUUUAUUCAUUCUAGCUGACAUUAAUAGGAUGGGAGAAUUACAUAAAUCUUUGUUGUAUGUUGCAUUUCCAAUGACAUGCCUAGUCGAUUGAUGAUGUCACUCUUAUUACACUGAAAUUUUUUGUUAAUUCAAAAGAUAAGAAGCCUAAAUGGCUACGGAAAGGCGAAGUAAGUUACUCCAGAGCUAUAUAUCACUUUUUAUCACAGCUUGGCGAAACAACUUUACGAGAAUCUGCGAAAAUAUCUGCUCGAUGAGUAUCUUUGAAAAGUUCAACGAGUAACCGCGCGGAUUAUUAUUUUUAAAUUAAAAAGAUAGAAAUCGAAAACGACUGUAGUACAGGCUGAAUUGGUCGAUGAUGUUGUAGCUAUUAUUUCGUCUGUGAUUCACGUAAGAUUGCUUGGCCAGAUGCUGGGCGCCACACUCAACUGUGUUCAAAAAUAGUAAAAUUUCACUUCUACAAGACAAAAACUUUACAAUUUAGAUUGUGGAUUUAUAGGUCUAUCAUUGCGAAGCAAAUAUAUGUGUGUUUACGUUUACACUUUUCUUUUAUGCGCUUAGUUUCUGGGGACUGGGGACUGGGGACUGCUACCCUUAUAUUACAUUUUUCCCGUUUGCACUAUACAUUUUUCACUAUUUGAAGUAUAAUUUAACGACUACAACCGGAAAAAUAAUUUUUGUAAUUUUGAGCCUAAGGGUUUAGAAUUCGAGACACGACUUCUUACUACGUACUCCAAUAAUCAAUCGGUUGAUCAGCCAUUCCCUAGUCCCUUGAAUAGUCGCGUAUAAAACAUGAAUUUAGUUGCUAUAAAUUUUCUAUGAUAAGAAUCCGUUUCUUCGCAAUUAUUAUUUAUGAAAUCUUUAUACUCAGAAUGCACAUGGGACGGCUUGCAUUCGUUUAUCUAUUUCCACUUUUUACGGAUAUAAAAACACAUAAUUUUGUAUAUUAUUGAUCCACUAAUAAUAAUAUUAAUAAACGCGUAUAUUUGCCA